CGUACUCGAACAGCGGGGAGACCGAAAAUUUCGAGUAUAGAUUCAAAAGACUGGUCUAAUGGCUGCUUCAUCAGGCUCUCUCUCCGCUUCGGCUCUCAGGAAAUCGUCUCCUUCCUCUUCUUCUCUCUCAUGGAAGCUCCCCCUCUCCUCCUCAUUCGGCGUCGCCGUGUCGCUUCCCCGUCGCCGGAGGCCGGCGGCGCCGGUUUUCGUGGUGGCGGUGAUGGACGCCAAGCCGACGGUCCUCGUCGCCGAGAAGCUAGGCGAGGCCGGCCUCGAGCUCUUGAAGGACUUCGCCAACGUCGAUUGCUCCUACAACUUGAGUCCUGAGGAGCUCUGUACAAAGAUCUCGCUGUGCGACGCUUUGAUUGUCCGCAGCGGCACGAAAGUCAACCGCGACGUUUUUGAGGCGUCCUCCGGAAGGCUCAAGGUUGUUGGCCGUGCCGGCGUCGGGAUCGACAACGUGGAUCUGGCUGCCGCGACGGAGCAUGGUUGUCUCGUGGUGAAUGCGCCCACGGCUAAUACUGUCGCUGCCGCUGAGCACGGGAUCGCGCUUCUCACAGCCAUGGCUCGGAACAUUGCGCAGGCCGAUGCGUCUGUAAAAGCUGGCAAGUGGGAGCGAAGUAAAUAUGUCGGAGUUUCCCUCGUCGGUAAAACACUUGCUGUAAUGGGCUUUGGUAAGGUUGGAUCAGAAGUUGCCAGGCGGGCCAAGGGUCUUGGUAUGCACGUGAUUGCGCAUGAUCCAUAUGCCCCUGCAGAUCGUGCUCGUGCAAUAGGCGUGGAGCUUGUGAGCCUUGAAGAAGCCAUAGGAACUGCCGAUUUCAUCUCCCUUCACAUGCCUCUUACUCCUGCCACAUCCAAGAUUCUCAAUGAUGAAACUUUUGCAAAGAUGAAGAAGGGAGUCAGGAUUGUUAAUGUUGCUCGUGGGGGAGUGAUUGAUGAAGAAGCCUUAGUGAAGGCACUGGACGCUGGCAUUGUCGCUCAGGCAGCGCUUGAUGUUUUCACUGAAGAGCCACCAAAGGACAGCAAAUUGGUUUUACACCAUAGAGUAACUGCAACCCCACAUCUUGGUGCCAGUACCAUGGAAGCUCAGGAAGGAGUGGCAAUUGAAAUAGCCGAAGCUGUUGUUGGAGCCUUAAGGGGGGAGCUUGCUUCUACUGCAGUCAAUGCACCCAUGGUUCCUUCUGAGGUUUUGACAGAACUAAAACCAUUUGUUGAACUUGCUGAGAAGCUUGGGAGACUAGCUGUCCAAUUAGUUACAGGUGGGGGUGGAGUGAAAAGUGUGAAAGUGACAUAUGCUUCUGCUAGAGCUCCUGAUGAUCUCGAUACAAGACUUCUUAGGGCCAUGAUCACCAAGGGUCUUAUUGAGCCUAUAUCCAGCGUCUUCGUGAACUUGGUGAAUGCAGACUUCACAGCUAAACAAAGAGGCCUCCGGAUUACUGAAGAACGUGUACUGUUAGAUGGUUCCCCAGAAAGUCCACUCGAGUUCGUCCAGGUCCAGAUCGCAAAUGUCGAAUCAAGAUUCGCCAGUGCAAUUUCGGAGUCCGGGGAAAUUAUAGUGGAGGGACGGGUGAAAGAUGGGCUUCCCCAUUUAACCAAAGUUGGAUCUUUCGAAGUUGAUGUGAGCUUAGAAGGUAGUAUUAUUCUCUGCAGGCAGGUCGACCAGCCGGGAAUGAUCGGGCAGGUGGGAAGCAUUUUAGGGGAUGAGAAUGUCAACGUCAGCUUCAUGAGCGUCGGAAGGAUCGCCCCGCGAAAGCAAGCGGUAAUGGCAAUCGGAGUGGAUGAACAACCAAGCAAGGAGUCCUUGAGGAGGAUAGGCGAGAUUCCCGCCAUUGAAGAGUUUGUUUUCCUCAAGUUGUAGUCUGGUAUGCCAUCUCCAUAUCACAACUGCAUGUUCCGUUGGGCGCAACCUAAAUUUUGAUAGUCUUCAUCUCUGCUUUGUGUUUUUGUUUUUUGUUUUUUGUUUUGGUGAGUCUUUCACAUAUGCUUUUGUCAUAACUUUGGGAGCUAGAAAUAAUUGGUAUGUACCAUGAUGAGCUUGUCUUUCGGGAUCUUAAAAGGUUGGAGAAAAUUAUUUUAUGUAAUAUGUAUUGUUU